UUUCCCGAUUGGGUGUUUUCGCUGUUCUACCCCCUCCCCCGCGGUGUGUUUGCCGCGCGGCUAAUUUCUCCUUUGUUUACUUUUUAGCACUCGCUCUUCCUUCCAUCAACAACAACAACAACAACAACAACAACAACAACAACAACAACAACAACAACAGCAAGCGCCUCGUGUUUUAUAAAGCAAGCCAUGGCCUCUCAGUUCUUCAAAGAUUCCCACGGUGGCAACAGGUUCGUCCCACGCUCUCUAUCGUUGAACUUGGGUGCCUCGUUCGCAUCCGCCGGUGUUUCUGCUGUUGCCGCUGUGCCUUCCGCUGAUGUUGAUACCCACGGUGAAAGCGGUGCUCAGAGGCCUCAGACGCUCGAUGAUUCCACAGAUUCGCAUUCCAGCCCGAGAGAUACGUCCACUGCGCCUUCAACUGUUGUGUCUUCGAAUUUUUUCCACGCCAAAAGAGCCGUAAAUGACACAGGUCCUGGUGGAGUUGUUGGUAACGGCUCCUCUGGUCACAUGGAAAAGGUGUUCAAACUCAACGUGAGACCCCUACACCCUUCUCAUGAAGAGGGAGACGACAUUGAAAUCACCGAUAUUAGAGAGAUCUCGAACCCUGAUUCUUCCAGAGGUGAAGACAAUACGGACGAGUCUCAACUGGAGACAUCAUCGUCGAGUGAUUUGUUAAUGGAUGCCUUGGUCAAAUCGCAAAAAUUAUGCAAUGGGUUGAAACAGAAAUUAGAAUCCGCAAAUAUGAAGAUCCAGUCACAAUGUGCAUUUAUUGAAUCCCAACUGAGUACUAUCGAAACUAUAAAGGGCAGUUUCAAAACCUUCAAAACAAGCAUGGCCUCUAUUCAAUCAAACCUUGUCCAGUUGAAAGAUUCUAGAAGAUCUGAUAAUGAUAUCAUCAACACGUUUAAAGUUGAACACUCUGGAGUUUUGGAAAAUAUAUCCAACGUGAAGUCCGAAAUCACCAGCAUCAAGAAGAGGAUCGAUCACAUAAGACAAUUAAAGGCAGCUUGUACUUAUGAAUUCGAUAAAAGUAUACAGACCAAAUCAUCAUCUGGAUUUGUUAUCUUACCCAUGAGCGGUUUUACUAACAACGAAAUAUACAGAAUCUGGAGAGGUGAAGGCCUUACAAGAAAGGUUGGAUGAAACGUCUGGUUUGCUUUCAGAACAAAAAAUCAAAUCAU